AUGGAAUCGUUGAAUAAAAGUGAAUUAUCUCAAUGGAUAAUAUGCAAAAAUAAAUUGAAAAGUUUAUCUUCAUUUCGUUCAAUAAUAUUAUUCAUAACGAUAAUUGUUCUUAUUGUUAUUAGUAGUGGAAGUAUUAAAUUAAAACCAUUGGAAGAACAUCGAAUCUAUCUUUAUUCGAAAUAUAAAAAUGCUACUUCUUUUAUUUUUUUUAAUUCAAUUGAAAAACAAAAUAAGAAUUUUACUUCGACAAUUUUAAAUUCGAAAGAAAAAAAAACGUUUGAUGUUGUUCUUAGUUACUAUGCCGAAGAUCAAGCUUUUGUUGGAAGAUAUAUUCGUUAUAUAAAAAAUGUUUCUUCUCUUCAACAAUUAAAUAUUCGUAUAAUAAUUUAUAAUAAAAAUUCUAAUGUUAAUAAUACUCAAUUAAAAGUGAAUUUAAAAGCCGAUAUUGUUUAUGGAUUAAGUAAUAUUGGUCGUGAAGGUGCAACAUUUCUUUAUCAUAUUAUUUCAAAUUAUAAUAAACUUGCUGAUCAUAUUAUUUUUUCUCAAGCUGGUGUUGAAGGUAUCAAUGAUAAAGGACUUGAUGAUUGGUAUUAUGAUCGAUUACAAAAUCAAUUUAAUUCUUCACUUGGAUAUAUGCCAUUAGUUGUUAAUCAUAUGAUUAGUAAAGAUAUGUGUGGACAUCAUCCAACAGGAAAUUUUCUAAGAUUAGUUGAUUUAUGGGGAAUGUUACAACAAACAUUAUGUCCAACUAAUGGUUUCUCUGUUGCUUUUCGUGGUCAAUUUCUUGUUAGUAAACAAAGAAUUCUUCAAAAACCAUUAAGUAUUUAUAAAUAUAUUUAUGAAAUUAUCACGGGACAUAAUACCCAUUGGAUUCAUACAGAUCCAAGAGCUCCACCAGGAUUUUAUUCCAAACCAGAACAACCUGUUUUUGGUUAUGUUGUUGAACGUGCAUGGACAAUUAUUUUUAAUUGUACAGGUCUUGAUCUAGCUGAUCGGUGUGCUCAAAAAAAAUGUGGAUGUUAUGAUUAA